CCUCCGGUCACGUGACGGAGGCGCAGGUGAGCGCCGCUUCCGGGGUCGGGAGACCACUUCGCGGCCGGCUCCGGCUUUCACUCGGUUGGGUGUGCGGGAGACUAUGGCGUCCUCCUCGGUCCCGCCGGCCACUGUACCGGCGCCGACAGCGGCUUCCGGCACAGGUUUCGGCUUCGCUUCCAAAACCAAGAAAAAGCAUUUCGUGCAGCAGAAGGUGAAGGUGUUCCGGGCGGCCGACCCGCUGAUGGGCGUGUUCCUGUGGGGCGUAGCCCACUCGAUCAAUGAGCUCAGCCAGGUGCCUCCCCCGGUGAUGCUGCUGCCAGAUGACUUUAAGGCCAGCUCCAAGAUCAAGGUCAACAAUCACCUUUUCCGCAGGGAAAAUCUGCCCAGUCAUUUCAAGUUCAAGGAGUAUUGUCCCCAGGUCUUCAGGAACCUGCGUGAUCGAUUUGCUAUUGAUGACCAGGAUUACUUGGUGUCCCUUACCCGAAGUCCCCCGAGUGAAAGUGAAGGCAGUGAUGGUCGCUUCCUUAUCUCCUAUGAUCGGACUCUGGUCAUCAAAGAAGUAUCCAGUGAGGACAUUGCUGACAUGCAUAGCAACCUCUCCAACUACCAUCAGUACAUUGUGAAGUGCCAUGGCAACACACUGCUGCCCCAGUUCCUGGGGAUGUACCGGGUUAGCGUGGACAACGAAGACAGCUACAUGCUUGUGAUGCGCAACAUGUUUAGCCACCGUCUCCCUGUGCACAGGAAGUAUGACCUCAAGGGCUCCCUAGUGUCCCGGGAAGCCAGCGAUAAGGAGAAGGUUAAAGAAUUGCCCACCCUUAAGGACAUGGACUUUCUCAACAAGAACCAGAAAGUUUAUAUUGCUGAAGAGGAGAAGAAAGUCUUUCUAGAGAAGCUAAAGAGAGAUGUGGAGUUCCUAGUGCAGCUGAAGAUCAUGGACUACAGCCUUCUGCUGGGCAUCCACGACAUCAUUCGCGGCUCUGAACCAGAGGAGGAGGGGCCUGUGCGGGAGGAGGAGUCAGAGGGGGAUGGGGACUGUGCCCUGACCGGACCUCCUGCUCUGGUGGGCUCCUAUGGCACUUCCCCUGAGGGUAUCGGCGGCUACAUCCAUUCCCACCGGCCCCUGGGCCCUGGAGAGUUUGAAUCCUUCAUUGAUGUCUAUGCCAUCCGGAGUGCUGAGGGGGCCCCUCAGAAGGAGGUGUAUUUCAUGGGCCUUAUUGACAUCCUGACACAGUAUGAUGCCAAGAAGAAAGCAGCUCACGCAGCCAAAACUGUCAAGCAUGGGGCGGGGGCAGAGAUUUCUACUGUCCAUCCUGAGCAGUAUGCUAAGCGAUUCCUGGAUUUUAUUACCAACAUCUUUGCCUAAGAGACUGCCUGACUCCAUGGUGACUGCUGCUGUGUGUUCCAGGUGGUGGGGUUCUGAGAGGCUUUGGGGGAAUUGUGGGUAUUCUGGCCACUCUUCUGCUCUUUCUCUUUUGCUAACUUCAGGCUACAGGCUUCUUCCACCCAGAUAACUCAUUCUUGUUGAGUAGGCUCUUCCUGGCCCUCAGAAAUACAUUGUCCUCUUUCCUCUUCCUUUCCUUCUCCCUUCCCCUCCAUCAAGUCUGCUUGCUUCAUUAGUGUUACUGUUGACUCUCUCCCAAGUGCCUUGAUCUUUGUAAAAUGUCCUGUUGUUUCUAUAACAUAGGAGGAGCUGGGGGAAGGGUGUUGUUUGCCAUCUUCAGGACCUGACUGGACAGACGGACCUGGCUCAAGCUGCUACUGUGGAUGCACUUUGCUGUGUGGGAUGAACUAAGAGUGUCUGAAUUUUGCUGAUAACUUUAUAGAGCUCACUGUGGCACACUUCCUUCCCCGUAGGCCCUGGGAUGGAAGAUUUUCAAAAUACUACAGAUGUGGGUGCAGGCAUGCACACAUACGAUGGGAUAUGGCCAAUCUUAUGCGGCUGGGGUGGAGAAUGGUGGGCGGGCUGGCAGCUCAUGGAGGUGGGACCUCUGAGGACUCUUGUGAUUAUGCAGGGAAUUGGAGGUCUCUGUUGAGGGUUGACUACUCUCCAGGCUCUUCCCUCACUCCACGUUCACCCCCACCAGAGAUGGCCACAGUGUUGAAUCCUGGGUUUGACUGUCACUGCUCUUCACCAGGACCUCACAUCCCUCCUGGAGCUGGAACCCUUCAUUGGGGGUGUGGCCAGUUCUGGAGGCUGGGAGGAUGAGCCAGGGGUAUAAGGUUCACUCCCUAUGUUAAAUUUCCUUUCUUCAUGUCUAGCCACCCCUAAGGUUUUAGACCGAGCAGAAGGGAAUAUCUCUACCUGGGUUAACCCUGGUUAUUUCAAGAGAAAGGAAGUCUCACGUGUGGGAACCUCCUCUACUCUCUGGAAGUGUGCCCAUAGCAUACUUACUUCCCCUCUCCUUCCCAAACGCUUUUUCCAGUUGGAUUUGUUAUUCUGUUCAUCUUAUACUGCUACUGUGUCUCUCAGGGGACAGAUGGCCGCCUUUGUCAUCUUCACUCUCCACCCCCAGAGAGGAGUCAGAGCCAUAACCCGGCCUCCUCCAAAGAUAGUUGAGUUAAUACGUGAUAUUCUCAGAAUGUAGCAGAUGAGCUGAGAUAGUGUACUCUGAGAUAGUGUACUCCCUUCCCCGCAAUGCCCUUGGGGCUCAGGCAGCCAUUCUUCUUAUGAUCCUACAUCCCCCCUGAGGCUUCUGCACUUCUCUGAAACAUAAAGAUGGGCACCAACGAGUGGCCUGUGGGGUACAAAGACUCUUGCUCUGUAUCUGCCUGGACUGAUCUGUCUCACAAGAAGUCAUGAGGUCAUAAAGGAGAAUUCCUCCUGCCCCUCCAUCUUCUGCUCACAAGAGGAGUCCCUAGUUAAGGAUUAGAGUCCCUAUAAUAUGUUCCUGUCAGGAGGCUGAUGGAUCUUUUUCAUUCCAACCAUCUACCUUCCCCUGUUGAAUGCAAUAAAACUCCAUGACACCAGCAACUGUUCUUUAGAAAUGGGUUUUCUGACCAUGUGGCUGAUGUAUCAUAAGCAUUAUGGUCUUCUUCAUUUGUUGCUUCUGUUUUUUUUUCAUCUUUUUUGUUUUAUUAAUUAAUAAAAAAAGAUCUUGUGUAUUUACUCCUGUUGCUGUCACUAUAUAGAAAAUAAAUUAUUGAAUCCAAAUU